AGUUACCUAAGAAAACAUUUUCAUUUCAUUACAUUUAUAUUUUGUAUUUUGACGCAUGCAAAAAGGAACAGAAGAAAACAGACAACAGUAACCGCACAGUAGAGACUACAAAAUGCAAGAUCGCGUGAACAUCUUUCCCUCGCGCGCCAACCUCGUGCUCAUGAAACAGCGCAUUGUAGCCGCAUCAAGAGGCCUGAAUUUGCUUAAGCGGAGACGUGAUGCGCUCGAAAUGAAACUACGCGAACUGAUAGGUGAUUUAGAAGCCGCUCGAGAAGUAGUGGAUAAGGUGAUGGCCGAAGCAAUAUUUUCGAUGGCAAAAGCAAAUUUCCUCGACGCAGACAUGCGGGCCUGCGAACUAAUGCAGAUCGACCGAGCGGACAUUUAUAUGCGUAUAAGGAAUGCCAAGGUAGCGGGCAUACUGCUACCACAAUUCCAACUAUACGUCGAUAAUCCCGCCAGUUUUCCUUUUACCGGCUUAUCGCGUGGCGGCGAACAAGUGGAAGUCGUGCGUGCGUACUUUCAAGACGCCGUACGUACACUCGUUACACUCGCUUCGCUCGAGUACUCGGUGAAUACGCUGCGCGAUGGUGUACGUCACAAUAAUAUGCGUAUCAAUGGUUUAGAAUAUGUAGUGCUGCCGCGUUUUCACAAUACCGUUAACUAUAUACGGGAUGAACUGGAGGAGUAUGAACGUGAAGAUUUUUAUCGUUUGAAGCGCUCGCAAGCGAAACAACGCAAGCGAAAAGAGAAGUUUGCACUACUGCUCAAGAUGAAGAAUAAGACAGCUGAACAGAUAGCAGAACUCGAAAAGAUAGAAUAUGGGAAAAGGGAAUCUAUUUCGUUACCUAGCAUAGUAGACGAUUUUGAUAUGAAGAAAUUCGAUAACACUGAAAAUGUACCAGAUAUAAAAGAGGAAGAUAGUGAGGAUGGGCCAAUAUAUUAAACUGUUAUUUAGGAGCGUGAAAUAGUACAAAUUAAACCAGAGAAUAUUUUAACUUUUAGUACUUGAACAGAUAUCAUACAUAAUGGACUAUAACAAUGAUGUACAAAAAAACUGGGAAAAUCAUUAUAAAAAA